AUCAUUCUCUGUCCAUCUGCCCUCAUUGACACUUGGCUGACUGAGCUGACAGUGAGGUUAGGUGAUGUGUUCACUAUCCUUCUCUUCUACAGGCUCUCAGCCUAUACUUUGAAUUACACACAUAAGUCCCUUACCAUCGAUACACUUGCAGACCUGGAGGAAUAA